GAAAGUAAAUUCGACCACUUUUCUCUCUUUCUGUGGCUUCAGCCCACAGGGUUUUCGACUUGCAAGACAACAGGAGAAAUGAUUGAUAUGGGACCAGACCAGUCCUCUUCCUCUUCAGGAUUGUGAGGCCUCCUCUCUGAGAGUUAUAAUGAGUCAUCAGGGGGCUGAGGGUGGAGCCAUCCCUAAAAAAAGACAGAAGGAUGGGUCACCAAACAAGGAUAUUGAUGAGACCAUGGACCCUGAUAUGAGAAACCAUUUGAAGCAUCUCCAGCUACAUCCAGCUAGUCAUAUGUCUAUGAGUGACCAGUCAGUGACUUCAAGCAGAGACCCAAGUGAUGAUGGAGACCAAAUCAUAGAUGAAAGGGUCCAUCUGCGGAGACCAGUGUCACCAGCCCCCAGUUAUAUAUCCAUGAAAAGUGAUCAAUCUAUGGUUAUCCCUCUUGGAUUCAAAGAGGGAAACUUAUCUCAAAAAGAGGAAGUCCUUCUGGAGAGAGCAGAGUCUCCGACUCUGAGUUAUGCAUCAGCAAACAGUCACCAGUCAAUGGAUACGGAUGAGGAAGACGAGGAGGAGAACUCGGCUCCAAAAGAGAAGCCAGGAGAGGUGGUCUGUGAUGUAUGUGAGGUCCAAGCUGUGAAGUCCUGUCUGACCUGCAACCAGUACUACUGUGAGACCCACGUUAAGAAGCACUACACACUACCUAAACUACAGAGACACACCCUGGUGGAUGUGACUGGAGACCUGGAGGAGAGACUCUGUCAGGAACACCACAGAGCUCUGGAGGUGUUCUGCAGGACAGACCAGAAGCUGAUCUGCUGGGAGUGUUCAGUGACAAAGCACAAAGGUCAUGACACAAUCAUUGAAGAGAUAAAACAAGCUGGAAAACAGACUUUUGAUAGAGAUCAAUGUCGAGGACUAAAGCUGGCCUCAAUUGACGUGCUGCCCCUUCCUGGUGAGAUCCAGUUCUCGUCAGUGACAUCAGGCUCUGUGUCUCUGAGCUGGGGUUCUCCUGAGGGACUGACAGGACCACAGAUGUUCAGAGUGACUUGGGGAUGUGAUGGAGAAGAGAGGAGCCUGAGGGUGGAAGAUGGGUGUAAUGUUGAAAUAGAUGGACUCCAGCCUGGUGAAAAGUACCAGUUCAACGUGGCUACAGAGGGAGAAGAUGGCAGACAAAGCAGAUGGAUCUCAGCAUCUGUAUUCACUGUGGUCCCAGCACCCAUGGACUUACACAUAAAACAGUCUGGAGCGACCUCCUUCACUGUCAGUUGGUCCAAGGCUGAAGAAUUGGAGAAAGUCCCACAAUGCUUUCUCAUAUCCUACUGCAGCCUGGGAACAGAGACCCGCUCUGCCAAUACUGAGGACUCCUACAGAACUCUCUCUGGCCUGCAACCUGGUACUCAGUACAACAUCAGUGUCUCAACUGUGUUGAACAAUGGGGAGCAGAGCAAACGUCUCACUACAACCAUCUGCACAAACCCUUCGCCUCCAGGAAAUCUUGUUAUAUGGUCCUAUAGUGCGACCUCUGCUAAACUGAUCUGGGAUCAUCCUGAUUGCAUGGAGGACAUCCUGCACCACUUCAGGGUGACAUGGCGUGACAAUACCAGUCCAAGUGAGUCCUUCGCUAUCAAAGAAAGCGGUGGAAUUGUCACUGGUCUGACUCCAGGGACAGAGUACACCAUCACUGUCUGCACCAUUGACAAGAGAAAUAUGGAGAGUGACCCAGUCUGUACUACCCUACAUACAAAGCUCACUUUGAAACUUUUUAUGAAGAAGUUGGGACUGACACAGCAUUUUGAGGAGAAACUGUCGUUGAAUGCCGUGCUUUCAAUCGAUGGCCUAACGUUAGGAAAGAACCAUACGGUAACUCCUCAAUCUCUACCGUGGUGUUUUCUGAAAGAACUGAUGAGGAUGAACGUCUCAGCAAGGGAUGUAAAGUACAUCCCCACUGAUAAGAAGGAUCAUAUGAAGGUAAACCCCCUAGACCUGAUCACAGCCCUGUUUCUGUGCUCAGAUGGUUUCCUGCAGCAGGAGAUGGUCCAGAAAAUGUCCAUGUGUCAGUUUGCUGUUCCUCUGCUGCUGCCCAACUGUGACACAGAACAAAGCACUUUGAUGCUGUGGGCCUUGAGGGACAUAGUGAAGAAGUUCAGGCCGUCUUCACAAGCUGACUCAAAGUCCAUCAUAGAGAAGAGAAUUGUUGUCUCUGAUAUUCCCAUGGUGUCCUUUGUUAGGAUAGGAAAGAGCAGCUUGUCCAAGUCUCAGAUUUUGAACAAGUUGCUUAGUAACCAUCAACAGUACAAUGACACAUUUGUUCAUCAUGAUAUGGAAUGUGGAGAUGUCCCUCGGCAAAUCUCAGAUGGUCUGGUUGAAAUCAGCUGGUACUUUCCAUGUGGGAACAGAAACAUAGACAUCUUCACUAAGCCUGUGGCGGUGGCCAAUCUCAGAGGAGACAUCAGGUCCUUUGAAACAAAGUUCUCCUUUCUGUGUCAAACAUCAGCUGCAGUUUACAUUUUUUGUAAUGAAUUAGAUGCAUAUUCUGAGAUUUUGGAACGCAGAACUGGAAAAGCAGAGUUAUUUCAGGUUGUUGACUCUCAGAAAAAUAAAAUCACAGAAAACACAUUUAGAAAACUCACCACAGAAUUCAGUAUCAAGCCAACAAAUGUGAUUGUUAAGGAAAAUGAAAAUGAUGCAGAAUUUGUAAAAACCUUGCAGUCAUCUGUCGGUGACAUCACCGAAACAAGUCCAAACAAACUGCCAAUUGAAAACAUGGCUGACGUGGCUCGUCAGAGUGGGAUUCUGGUUGAUGAAGACAGUGAUGAGUGUCAGAGUGCCAGGAAGACAGCAAAUGAUAUCACCAGGAACAUCAAAGACACAAUUCAAUUCAAAGAUGAACAGCUACCCUUACAAGGGCAAAUCUGGAAAGAGCUUUCCCAGUUGGAGAAAGAGAGAUGUAGGCUGAGAAAAGCAGGGGGUCAGGAAAUUGAACACUACAAGAGCUCUCUGAAGAAAAGGGAAAUAAAACUGAGAGAGAAGCAACAAAGAUUUGAGAUGACAAAAGCAAUAAAAAACAUAACUGGCAUGUCAAGCUCAAAAGUGGAGCGAUCCUAUUUCCUCAAAUGGAUGCAGAUUAAUUUGGACAAUCUGUCUCGGCAGAACUUGUCUGCUUUGCGGAAGCAGUACAAAGAGCUUUGCCAAAAUCAUCCAGAGAAAAAAGACAUUGCCGAUUUGGAUAGGCAAAUGUGUGACUGUUCCCUGGGACUUGAACACUUCCUGCGUGAGUUGGGCCAGCUGUAUGAAGCUUCCUGCUAUCUCCCUAAAGACAAUCCAGAAUGGAAACAGAUGGAGCAUCUCCCUGGAUUGUGUGCUCAGAUGCUGUUGGAUGGUUUCCCCAUUGAGCUUGUGGAUGGAGAUGCAUCAAAUAUCCCUCUGAAAUGGAUAUCAGCUGUUCUGACUGAGCUUCAUACUCUUGUGGACUCUAACAGCAAGAUCCGGGUCGUCACAGUUUUAGGGGUCCAAAGCACAGGGAAGUCCACUCUCCUCAACACCAUGUUUGGGGUCCAGUUUGCUGUCAGCAGUGGAAGAUGCACCAGAGGGGCCUUCAUGCUGCUGAUUAAAGUCAACAAAGACCUCAAGGAGGAGCUGAAAUGUGACUUCAUCAUGGUCAUUGACACAGAGGGGUUGAAAUCACCAGAGUUGGCUCAACUAGAUGACAGCCAUGAACAUGACAAUGAACUGGCAACACUGGUGAUUGGACUCAGUGAUGUCACAAUAAUUAACAUGGCCAUGGAGAACUCCACAGAGAUGAAAGACAUUCUGCAGAUUGUUGUUCAUGCUUUUAUCAGGAUGAAGGAAGUGGGGAAGAAGCCGAUAUGUCAUUUUGUGCACCAGAAUGUGUCAGACAUGUCUGCUCAUGACAACAAUAUGAGAGACAGGAAGAAGUUGUUGGAACAGUUGAAUGAAAUGACCCAGGCAGCAGCCAGAAUGGAGAAGAAGGAGAAUAUCAGCAAGUUCACUGACGUGAUGGAGUAUGAUCCAGACACUAGCAGCUGCUACAUCCCAGGACUCUGGCAUGGGACUCCCCCUAUGGCUCCAGUCAAUGCUGGCUACAGUGAGGCUGUGUAUGAUUUCAAAAAGAGCUUGAUGCAAGACUUAAUAAAAUGCCAGAGUAAUGAUGACAUUACACAUUUCCUGAAGUGGACACAAAGCUUGUGGGAGUCCGUGAAAUUUGAGAAAUUCAUCUUCAGUUUCAGAAACAGCUUGGUUGCAGAUGCAUACUCCAGAUUAUGCUCUGAAUACAAUGGUUGGGAAUGGAACUUCCAGAAGGAGAUGUAUUCCUGGAUUGUAAGUUCUGAAACCAAAAUGUCAAACUUUGGCAUAACAGAUCUAAAUCCCCAGAGGUCCAUAAGAGAUGUGCUAAAAUACUUGAUGAUAGAAGCAUCUGAGAAACUGUCAUUGGGAGAAAAGGAAAUCCAAGACAAUCUAGUAAAAUACUUUGAAAAGCAAGAUGGCCAUGUCAAUCUGGUGGAAAAAUACAGGGAGGACUUUGUGUCCAGUGCUAAAACACUGAGACGAGAGACAGAAAACACAGUGAGGAACAAACUGCUAGGAGCUGUUGAGAUCAAAGAGGGAAUGACAGAACUGAACAACAUCAAGAGUUCUCAGACAAGUACAAUGGAGAGAAAGGUGCUGGCUUUGCUGCAAACCUGUAGACAGAAAAAAACUGAUUUAUCAGAUAAGAAACUCCAAGAAGAGUUUGAAAGUAUGUGGGAGGAAACUCUGUCUGAGAUCAAUUUUAGUGGACUGCCAAGGAGAGAUGUGGCUCAGGAUGCCUUCCUCAUGUUAAGUGGAAAUCUUUCACGAAGGGGGAGUCAUGUAAAUAGUAUAUUGGUAAGAAACAAUUUGGUGGAUUGUGGGAAGACAGACUUUGUUGUGAAAUCAGUUCAUUGGUGGCGGAAUGCUGAAGGCUUUGCAAAGCACAUGGAUCAUUACCAUCACAGGAAAAAACUACAAGUCUUCUGUGAUGACAUCAUAACACAGUGUCAUGAGUUUAUAACCCAGAAGGUGGAAAGUAAAACAGAUUACCAUGACACUUCCAUCAAAGAGCUGCUGAACAGGAUUGAUGAAACAAUUAAACAAUACAUGAAACGUAAAGUUAAUGAAGAGUGUGAGAUCCAUCUGAAGCUACACAUCUGUGGCAUAGCAGCCAGAGAGUUCCAGAAGAUGCAUAAUCAAUUCAUUGUAUCCAACGACCCCCGAAUGUGUCUGGAACAGUCUAAGAACAAGUACCUUACUGAUUUCAAAGACUUAUUUCAUAACCGAGACCAGUGCCUAAAGAAAGCUGAGGAGUUCUCAAAGCUCUUACAGCCAGCUGUCCAGGACUAUGUGACCAAAAUGAUUGGUCCUGAUGUAGUUGAUGAAAUGAAGACUGGUAAAGGGUCAGAGGAUUACAGCACACGGACGUCCUUCCAGUUCUCUGUUCUGAAACAGCUCCUGACUGAUGGAGAAUAUGAGAAAUAUAGAAAGUACAUAGGGAAUUAUGAAAAGUUUGUGAAGGACUGGCUGUUUGACCAGAUUGUCCAACAACUCUCAAAGGACAGCAGACUGGAGAAAUCAGAGAAGAAACAUCUUUCAGAGAUAGUCAAGAUAAUCACUGAUGCCAUUUCUAUCAGAAAAACACACAGCACUAUAGAAUGCAUCAAGACUUUCAUUCAAAACAUCUGCAGUGCUCUUGGAGAGAAGCUUGUCUUUCCAAAGGAUGCUCUGGAUUCCGUUAUGAUUCUGAACUCUGCAAACACAGAUCAGUUUGCUGACUACCUCACAGAGUUUGUGGGGGAAAUGAAGCAGACCGUGACAUCAGAGUAUGAACAGAGGACUGACAUCAAAGAGAGGCUCAGAUCUCUGCCAUUCAAGCCUCAGGACAAUAUGUUCACCAGCCAGUUUGGCUGUGGGGAGGUAUGUCCCUUCUGCAAAGCACCCUGUGAAGCAGGAGGUAAGGAGCAUGCCAAACACUUUACCUCCAUUCACCGUCCACAGGGUGUCAAGGGUUGGAGGAAUGUAAAGACAAAGGUGCUAUGGACUAAUAUAUGUUCCUCUGAUGUAAUUAGUGACAACACAUUCCAGACCUCCCUGACAGGAGACAAACCUCACCCCUACAAGGACUACCAGACAUAUUACCCUGACUGGAUCAUAACUGGAGAUUCCAGCAUUGAGGCUUCAGACUACUGGAAGUAUGUGAUGGCUACAUUCAAUGAGACAAUUGCUAAAGACACAGAUGCACUCCCUGCAGAUAUCCCAGAGGACUGGAAGGUAUUAACACAUGAUGAUGCAAUGAAGAGCUUGAAAAACAUAUUCAACAUGAAAUAAAGUGGAAAAUGAUAGCAUGACUCUUCUUGACCUAAACAUAAAAUUGGCCAAUCAAAGAUAUCAGACAUGGCAACCAGAAAUAACUCACCGAGCAUGAACAUGGCAACACAAAGCCAAGAGCCAUUCAAUCAAUCAAGAACUUUUGAAAUAAAUAGCACUUCCAAAACAAUUAGUGAUUUGAAAAACAACAAAAAGGGGCCCACGACACUAGUUUUGACAUUCAGCUGAUGGAUGGGGCUAUGGAAAUGACUAGUAAAACAUUACAUGUUGGUAUUCAGCUGAUGGAUGGGGCUAUGGAAAUGACUAGUAAAACAUUACAUGUUGGUAUUCAGCUGAUGGAUGGGGCUAUGGAAAUGACUAGUAAAACAUUACAUGUUGGUAUUCAGCUGAUGGAUGGGGCUAUGGAAAUGACUAGUAAAACAUUACAUGUUGGUAUUCAGCUGAUGGAUGGGGCUAUGGAAAUGACUAGUAAAACAUUACAUGUUGGUAUUCAGCUGAUGGAUGGGGCUAUGGAAAUGACUAGUAAAACAUUACAUGUUGGUAUUCAGCUGAUGGAUGGGGCUAUGGAAAUGACUAGUAAAACAUUACAUGUUGGUAUUCAGCUGAUGGAUGGGGCUAUGGAAAUGACUAGUAAAACAUUACAUGUUGGUAUUCAGCUGAUGGAUGGGGCUAUGGAAAUGACUAGUAAAACAUUACAUGUUGGUAUUCAGCUGAUGGAUGGGGCUAUGGAAAUGACUAGUAAAACAUUACAUGUUGGUAUUCAGCUGAUGGAUGGGGCUAUGGAAAUGACUAGUAAAACAUUACAUGUUGGUAUUCAGCUGAUGGAUGGGGCUAUGGAAAUGACUAGUAAAACAUUACAUGUUGGUAUUCAGCUGAUGGAUGGGGCUAUGGAAAUGACUAAUAAAACAUUACAUUUUGGGUUGUGAUUAAGACAGACAGUUCUGGUCAUGAGGCAUUUAUAUUCAAUCACUGGGUAAAUAUACAAAUCUGAAUUGACCAUUAACAGCUUCCCAAAUAUCAAACUGUAGCUUUAAAGAAAGGAACUGUGAAAAUCAGUCACAGCCACCUGUGACAAUCCGUGAUGGCUGUAAGGAUAGUGACAUCACUGACUGACAGCUACCAGCAGGCUGACGUAGAAGGGAAGGUGAAGUUGUCAUAACUGCUGUAGAUCACUAUAUCACCUGGACGGGAGUAUAGUCUUUCAUGUUAACGUUGUCAAAUGUAAGAAUGUAUACACCUAUAUUUUAAUUUACAAAUCUCAGCAUUAUUUUAUUGAUGAAAAAUGCUUUGAACACAAUUCUAUGAUUUUUCUACUUAUCGUCAUAUGAACAAAUAUGUAUAACACAUCAUUGAAGGACUUUAUGAAUAAAAAUUGUUUUGACAUUAAGUUCAUUUUUACUUUAUUCCCUCAUAAAUAAAACUAUUGGUCAAAGCCUUAUAUUUAGAAAUAAUAUUUCUUAAUAUGUUAAAAUACUUUUGACAUAUCAUUGCUUUACCUAAUCGGAAUCAUAGAAGACAUGGUAAAGUUAUCAUGUGUUCAGAUGGCUUCAUGAUUAUAUGGUCAGCUAUGAUGACAUACACUGAACAUGUUAUCAGGUACUGUACUUUUCAUGUCAGCAAUAAUAAUGUCUGUAUAUAAAG